CAGAAAUGCACGCAGGUCGAAGCUGCUAACAAGCUUCUUUGGUUGUGUUACGCUUGCAUGCGAAGACGACAGGUAUCAUGGCUGAGCGCUCGCCCUAGUUAUUUCUUUGGAUUCACCACUUGAUUAGCCGGCGCGUUCCAUACGCGUCGUAGCUUGCCUCAGGGACCAUGCAGCUCCCAGCGACUUUGGUAGCACUCGCCCUUGUAGCACCUGUAGUCUCGAAGACGGUCGACUCAUCGCUGUACUCCAACGAAGCACCGCUACUAUGGGGACCAUACAAACCCAAUCUAUACCUAGGCAUCUGCCCUCGAUUGCCCGAAAGUCUCAUUGCGGGUUUGAUGUGGGGAAAGCUCGAUGAGCAGGACAAGAAGUUGCGGCACACGGUCGAGCAAAACGAUGGCAUGGCCAUGUACGGCUGGACUACCUACGAUGCGAGAAGCGGAGGAACGCAAAUCGUCCAAGAUGUGGGGAACCAGAUCGACAUUACGACCGAGUUCGUAAAGAAGUCUGAGGGCCAGAGUUCGGGCAACUGGGCACUGCGAAUCAAGGGCAAGCCGCGCGAAGGCGCACCUGCAGACCUGAAGACUUCCGUGAUCUUCUUUGUGGGUAUGGAGGGCAAAGAGGGUUGUGCAGACUGCCAGCUCGAAGCCUUUGAGCAACUUGGUGCUGGCGACGAUAAGUCUGUUGAGGCGGUGAACAUUGCAAUCAAGCACCCACGAGUAGGCUCUGCCGGUAUACACAUUCCAACAUCAGUUGGCGAGGACGGAAGGCAUGAGGGCACGAUUGUCCACACGUUGAAUGUCACCGAGGAUAAGCUAUGGCAGGCGAAGUCCACCUUCCUAGACGCACUGAAAGCUCAGUCGAACGAUCGAACCGAAGCCGGAAAGAUGGACGUUGUCCUUCGCAACGCCCCCGGUUCAGGCAACAUGCAGUUUGUGCAGAUGAUCAUACAUGGCAGUUUCCAUUUCGAUGUGCUCUAUUCGAGUCGAGAGGCAACUCGUGCCAUGACCACAUCGGAGAUGGCGGGCGGUAUCCAGGACAACGUAGUCGCAUACAGGAAGGACUACGCGCGGGUUUUUGCACUGAAAGCUCCGUUCAAUACGGACCAGCAUGCCCUUUUCGGCCAGAAGAUGCUUGCAGACUUACUGGGCGGGAUUGGAUACUUCUACGGCAGAAUUAAGAUCGACGAGUCGAAAAAAGCUAUAUACGCCGAAACGACUGGCAAGUUUUGGGAGAAGACUGCAGAUGCGAAGAAGCACUCCAUACCCGAGACCAGAGGUCCAUACGAGCUGUUCACGCACACGCCGGCUCGAGCUGUCUUCCCUCGCGGCUUCCUAUGGGACGAGGGCUUCCACCUUCUUCCAGUGCUCGAAUGGGAUGUCGACCUAGCCAUGGAAGUCGUGCAGAGCUGGCUCAAAUCUAUGGAUGAUGACGGUUGGAUAGCCAGGGAGCAGGCUGUUGGCAUUGAGGCUGAAAAUGGCAUUCUUAGCGAUGCUUUGACGCAGUAUCCGCACAUUGCGAAUCCUCCGACUCUGUUCCUUGUAGUGUCAAAGUUCAUCGACAUACUGCAAGGCAAGGCGAAGUACUACGGGCACGAGUCAACACUGCUGAAGCCUGAAGCAGGCAAGAAGUUUGUCGCAAAGCUCUAUCCGCUUCUUAAGAAGCACUACGAAUGGUGGCGCAAGUCUCAGUCAGGAGACAUCGAAGCUCACUCUGUUCCGUCAGCAAAUCUUAACGAAGGAUACAGAUGGCGAGGUCGUACACCUGAGAUGAACUAUCCCAGCGGUAUGGACGACUACCCCCGUGCGGAACCACCAGACAUUACCGAGCUCCAUCUCGAUGCCCUCUGCUGGGUAGGUCUGAUGUCGCGCACGCUUGAGAAGAUCGCCUUCUUCACCGAGACCACCCACGAUGCGUUCACCUACCAAAACCACAUCCGCGGUAUCAGAAUCAACCUCGAGGCUCUCCAUUGGGAAGAGCAGCAAAACGCCUACUGCGACACCGUCGUUCGUGACGACAAACACACCUACGUCUGCCACAAAGGCUACCUCUCACUCUUCCCCUUCAUGACUGGCUUCAUUGAUGCAAGUCACCCGCACCUCGACGCAAUAUUACGCCUGCUGCGCGACCAGAAUCAGCUCUGGACUGACCACGGCAUCAAGUCGCUCUCCCAAGAGGAUAAAAAAUAUGGCGUCGGCGAUAACUACUGGCGUAGCCCGAUAUGGAUAAACUUCAAUUACAUGAUCCUCACACAGCUCUUCUCGCUCGCCAAAAUGCCUGGCCCGCACCAGGCGAGGUGCAAAGGCAUUUACAUCGAGUUAAGGAAGAACAUCGUGCACACUGUUUUUAGCUCGUGGCUGCAGACAGGAUAUGCUUGGGAGCAGUACGAUCCUGUCGGUGGGCAUGGACAGCGCACACAGCAUUUUACAGGCUGGACAAGUUUGGUUGUCAGUAUCAUGGCCAUGCCAGAUUUGGAGCAGGGCGAUGGCGUGAAGGAUAGGGUCAAGGAGAUUUAUGAGGAGGCAAAGAAGCAGGCGGUGCAGAACCAGGGGUAUAGCGCGGGGAGUGUGUUGUUCUUGAUCAUGUUGGUUGUGUUUGUGUAUGUUACGAGGAGGAGGUUUGCGGGAACGUGGAGGAGUUGGAGAAGGGGUGGAAGGACGGGAGACCGUAGUGUUUGAUACAUCCAUGUCGGAGGGCUUUGGCUAUGUGAUGUAUGGAAGCCCUGUGUAAGGGCAGAUGACCCACUCCCUUUCACCUCGCUUUUGGACUUGGCAACCUGCCACAACUUCUCGGCUGGAUUGACAAGUGCCGACACUUACCACCCUUUGUGGGCGCAGCACCACGCUCUUUUCCUUAUAAUUAAUCACGAGCACUCACGUGCGGCCAAAUCAAGUAGUUUAGACGAAGCCCCUCCAACGUG